AUGAGGCUGGAUGCUCCCGAGAGUCCCCUUGGGGACGUUGUGUUUUCUACUGCUUCGUCUUCUUCUCCCCAUUCUGUUGCUUCAUCAUCUUCCUCUAGGCCACUGGGGGUCACAAGCCUACUUAAGGGCGCAAUGGAAAGCGAUCAUGAAGAAGGAGAACUGCUGAUGCAGUCAGAAACCAUCCCCCCGAGAGCUUUUGUCGGGACACCUUCGUUGCACAACACUCCGUCUGAGCAGACUUCCGCAGAUCACGCUGGAAAAACGAGACGAGUGUCUCGCCCGCUGCAGCGGAUAUUGAGGCGAAGUGGAAACAGUACCGGAUACCGCUCUCGAGCCCUUACACCCAUAAUUCUGGCUGUCCUGUCUGCUUGUCUAGUUUCCCUGAAACUCUUCUACCUCGCCUGUGUUCGUUCGACAAACAUGACGCUCCCCGCGUCCACAUCGUCGUCUUCUUCCUCGCUGGAAUUCGCUUCCCGCUUGCUUCCUCGGUUUCGAGCUUCCCCCUUCUCUUCGGGUUCUGACGACGCCGGGUCUUCGAUUCGGCGACUAGCAGAUUCUCAGGGGGGAGCACCCAACCAAGGGAUGCCGCGCAACAGUGAACUUUGCCACACAGGAGAGGGCAGCGGCGAAGAAGGACCGGAACAGAGAGCAUCCGGCGAAAAUCUAGCACGAAACGAAGAGAGUCCGGUGCAACCUUCAACUGGAAGAGAGUUACGAGGGCAAGCGCGGCAGGAAUUGGGAGAGCAAGAGACCGACGACACGGUUCCCACCCAAGGAGGUGGCUCAUCUCCGGAACGUGAUCAAAAUACGAUGCGAGGGCGAAAGCGGAAGAUUUCUGUGGAGCAUGAAGAUGACGCAGACAACGGCGUGGAUGUUGAUGAGACGUCAGGCAGUGUGUUAGCACUGACGGAGUUGCUGAUGAGCUCAACAAAGUCAGAUCCCCUAAACGAUCCAUACGCAGAAUCAAAUGAAGAAGAGUUGCAACGCCUCCUCAUCGAGCCAGAGGACAUCCCUGAUGCGCAACAUGCAGACACUGCGAUGCGCAUGUACUUUCGCCUGUUCGACAACGCCUUGAAAAGAGUCUAUCUACAUCCGUGGCGUUCCGGCAAUACGACAGUCUCUACUCUUAACAGUUUACUACGCCUUUUCGCCCAAGUUGUAUUUUGGUCGAACAAAUUCGAGAUGCUGUAUCCUCGGUGGCCGACUUGUCAGGACGCACCCCUUCGUGCCAGAACGUUUGAGGUAAAGAAGCGUGUGGAGUCGCUAGUACGACGGACACUUCGCGACUUGUUCGGCGAUCGAUUGGUCCACUUCACACCGCAGUUGGAACUCCAGCUUCUUCGAACAGCGGUCGGGGCCUCACGUGGUGUCCACCAUCCUCUUCCAUUGGACUCCCCCGUUCAGCCGGUAAUUCUUGAACGGGACUUGGCAGAUCCAUUUACCUCACAUUUUCAACACAGGAGAUUUGGUAAGGAAAGAAGGGGACACGCAGACACACAGUAA